CCCAUUGGAAUCUCUAUUGCGCAUGCUUCCUUGAAUGUGUAAAGCUAAUGGCUAAGGAUAAACUACAUUAACAGUCUAACCAUUUUUAUUUACAAUGGCAGAAUAUGGAGAGGAAGAUGGAUUCAUGUUGCCUGUAGACGACGGUUUAUUUGCUGAUACAUUUUCUGAUGAUAGCGUGUACAAAUUCAUCGGUCAAGAGUUAAAGAUCAGCCAGGUGUUCAGCGCCAACCUCGGCGUGGCAGCGCCAGUGUGGGACGCCGCGCUUCAUCUAUGCCGCUACUUCGAGGAAAACUCGCUCAACCUGAAAGGAAAGCGCAUCAUUGAGUUGGGCGCAGGAACUGGCAUUGUUGGCAUUUUGGCAGCACGUUUGGGAGCGGAUGUGACCUUGACAGACCUCCCCCUUGCUGUCCCUCAACUGCAAAGCAACGUCUCGGCCAACAUGCCGUCCUCUGGCUGGCCUUCUGUUGCCCCCUCCGUCCUCCCCCUCUCCUGGGGCCAAGACCAGCACGUCUUCCCCAUGGACUGGGACCUGGUACUGGGUGCAGAUAUUGUGUACCUGUCUGAGACUUACCCCCUCCUGCUGGACACACUGGUUCACCUGUGCAAGGACAGGGCAGUGGUGUACCUCUCAUCCAAGAUGCGAGAAGAGCACGGAACGCCUGGCUUCUAUGGAGACACUCUGCCACAGAGGUUCCAUGUAAAGCUGGAGCACCGCGACCCCACACAGAACAUCAACAUCUACAGCGCUACUCUGAGAGGGAAGCAGUGACAGAAAUGAGACUGGAUAGGACUGGGAGACUGAUGAACCGGUAAAUAGGUUGAGACUUGGAAGAGAACCACACAACAGUGCCUAACUCUCUGAACCCUCUGGUGUUCCUUCGUCUCCGAAAAAACUUUGUGCAGGAGCUGGAUAAGAAAGAAUAGGCACCUGACACAAAAGUGCAAAGGCUCCUCACUCUGAUUUUAGUGCUCCCAAAAGUGUUAUUUUAAACAAAAUAUAAACCAAUAGGUCAUCAUGUUGAAUGAAAAGGUCUGUAUUAGAGGUCGACCGAUUAAUCAGAAUGGCCGAUUAAUUAGGGCCGAUUUCAAGUUUUCAUAACAACAAUAACAACAAUAUUUUUAUUUUUUAACCUUUUAUUUAACUCGGCAAGUCAGUUAAGAACACAUUCUUAUUUUCAAUGACUGCCUACGAACUGUGGGUUAACUGCCUUGUUCAGGGGCAGAAUGAUAUAUUUUCACCUUGUCAGCUCAGGGGUUCCAUUCUUGCAACCGCACAGUUAACUAGUCCAACGCUCUAACCAUUGUACUCCACGAGUAAUCUGCCUGUUACGCGAAUGCAGUAGAAGCCAAGGUAAAUUGCUAGCUAGCAUUAAACUUAUCUUAUAAAAAAAAAAAUCAAUCAUAAUCACUAGUUAUAACUACUAAUCCAGUUUAGCGGGCAAUAUUAACCAGGUGAAAUUGUGUAAUUUCUCUUGCGUUCAUUGCACGCAGAGUCAGGGUAUAUGCAAGUUUGGGCUGCCUGGCUCAUUACAAACUAAUUUGCCAAUUUUACGUAAUUAUGACAUACAUAGAAGGUUGUGCAAUGUAACAAGAAUAUUUAGACUUAGGGAUGCCACCCGUUAGAUAAAAUACCGAACGGUUCCGUAUUUCAAGGAAAUAAUAAACGUUUUGUUUUCGAAAUGAUAGUUUCCAGAUUCGAUCAUAUUAAUGACCAGAGGCUCGUAUUUCUGUGUGUUAUGUUAUAAUUAAAUCUGAUUUGAUAGAGCAAUCUGAUUGAGCAGCAGCAGGCCCGUAAUCAUUCAUUCAAACAGCACUUUCGUGCGUUUUGCCAGCUGCUUUUCGCAAGCACAGCGCUGUUUAUGACUUCAAGCCUAUCGGCCUAAUGGCUGUUGUAACCAAUGUGAAAUGGCUAGCUAGUUAGCUGGGUAUGCACUAAUAUUGUUUCAAACGUCACUCGCUUUUAGAUUUGGAGUAGUUAUUCCCCUUGCGCUGCAAGGGCCGCGGCUUUUGUGGAGCGCUGGGUAACGAUGCUUCGAGUGUGGCGGUUGUCGAUGUGUUCCUGGUUCGAUCCCAGGUAGGGGCGAGGAGGGGGACGGAAGCUAUACUGUUACACUGGCAAUACUAUAGUGCCUAUAAGAACAUCCAAUAGUCAAAGGUAUAUGAAAUACAAAUGGUUUAGAGAGAAAUAGUCCUAUAAAUACUAUAUUAACUACAACCUAAAACCUCUUACCUUGGAAUAUUGAAGUCUCAUGUUAAAAGGAACCACCAACUUUCAUAUGUUCUCAUGUUCUGAGCAAGGAACUUAAACGUUAGCUUUUUUACAUGGCACAUAUUUUACAUGGCACACAUUUUUACAUGGCACAUAUUACUUUCUUCUCCAACACUGUUUUUGCAUUAUUUAAACCAAAUUGAACAUGUUUCAUUAUUUAUUUGAGGCUAAAUUUAUUUUAUUGAUGUUUUACAUUAAGUUAAAAUAAGUGUUAAUUCAGUAUUGUUGUAAUUGUCAUUAUUACAAAUUAAAAAGUCGGCUGAUUAAUCGGUAUCCGCUUUUUUGGUCCUCCAAUAAUCGGUAUCGGUAUCGGCGUUGAAAAAUCAUAAUCGGUCGACCUCUAGUCUGUAUAGUCUUGUAAGAAACAGAAUAAUAGUUUUGUGGGCAGGAAAAGCAUAGCAAAUAUAAUUGUCCUGUCUUUGGCAGGUUACUACAGUCAAAUCAAGUUGUGUUUGAUCUGGUUUGAGGAAGUGUUAUAUUGUUUAGGUUGACAGAGUUGAUUACUGGGAAAAUGUUGUUGACACCAUCCACUUGCAGAACUUUUUUGGCAAAAUUGACAGUUUCUGCCCCCACUCCCACUCCCUCCGCCUGGGCAUACUUCAUCCCCUCACUCUCCUGCUCUCUGCUGAUGUGCAGAGUUUCUGUUUAGAAAAGAAAAGCCUGUUUGUUCCACUGGAUAGUUUCAAAGAGAGGCCGGCCGUCCUACCCCCCCUACCACCUCUCUCUGUGCUAUAGCUCACCCGACAAAACAACAGAUCCCUAUCUAUAUCCACCAGUGGUCCCCAAAUGAGAAACUGUCAUUCAUCAUGCGUGUAAUAAUCCUUUGAUCAAUAUUAUACUGAUAAUGCCCAAGCAAGUUGGACAAAAAGUAACCUGUGGUACAACAUAAAAUACAAUGUUACGCAUUAUUUUCCUAUGCCUAUAGUGCCUGUAAGAAAUUAUUAAUUGUUCAAUUAUCAAAUGAUUGAGAACCAAAACUUCUGAGAAAUAAAGUUAAUAAAAUGUAUACAA